UGCCACAUUUCAGUCUCGGAAUACAAGAUAAUUCCAAACAGACGGCGUGGACGGCCUCUCAUAAUGAUCAAUGGCUUCACGUUUUCAAAGAAGAGCAAAAACGUCUAUCGUUGCUCCAAGUACAAUACCACUAGAUGCCCAGCUAGCGUCUAUUUGAAUGCUGACCUGAUUGUAACUGGUUUGAGUGAAGAUCAUAAUCACCAGCCUCCUAAAUAUGUGUCAUCAUCUUCCUGGCGAUAUCCUGGAUUUGUGCCGCGGCUCAUUAACGACGAUUUUCUUCUGCCGAUAACAGCAGAUUUUGCCCAGUCGAUUGACGCAGAGUUUCCUCAGACAAACUCAGAUUUUCCUCCUUACAAAAUGAUAACCACACAAUCAGGAACAUCCCUUGUAAUGGUGGAAGACUACACAUUUUCGAAACACAAAUAUAAUAGCUACCGUUGUUCUAAAUAUACAUCGAGUAGAUGCAGGGCGUCCGUGAGAUUUGAUAACUUGGGUAACAUUAAGUCAUACCAUGGAGAGCAUAACCAUGAGCCUCCGACGUACGUGACGUCGCAUGGGAAAUAUUUGAAAAUUAACUCUUAAAGUGUACUAUGUGGCUCGGAGCCUGGCCGAAUUUUAGGGGCAGUGAGCUUAUAAAACUUUUAGCUGUUGGAGGAAAAUGCUAUUUGAGUGGCGAUCAUUGUAGGAAAAAACAAUGCAGACUCCCUAUAAGUUUUUUUAAAACUUGGGGCCUUGGGGGGCGAACUGUUCUUCUAUGUACGGCUAAAUGAUAAAACGAGUAUGAAGUGAUGCUAUUUUGACCACGAAGCAAUACCCAUUGAAAAAAAUUGUUUACCCUUAAGGUCAGCCAGGGAAAUUACAACUAUGGGCCAAAUGUAGUUGCUCUAAAAAUACAAGAAUUGAGUCGGAUCUAGAGACCACCCACUUUCAUGGCACACUUUCUCUAGUCACCCAUGGCUCUAGCUUUACAGGCUGACUUCUUGUCUUUUUAGAGUAGUUUCAUUUGCCCUAGCUGACCAUACUGUAUUUUCGCGAUUUAAAUACUAAAUUCAUAUUGGUUUACUCGUAUUAUUCGUAUUUCGUGUAUUACUCGGUUUAUUCGUAUUGGUUGGUGGUGGCUAUGAGUGUUAUCUAGUCUUGUCUUGUGUGUUUGAGUGAGGUUGAAGUGGAGGUUGAUGUUUAUUGCACAAUAAAAACAUUCCGUUUUGGAUCUCAUUUCAUUAUAUGUUUGAAAGUUUUUUUAAUAUUUUAUUUUAUUAUUUAUAUAAUACGUUUGAAAAUCAUACGAGUAGUAGGGCUUUACGAGAGGUAACUUCCGAUGCCAUUGAAUUCUAAUCAUAAUCACGGAUCCUAGAAUUCUAAGUAUGUGUACACCUGAAACAGAUGAAAAUACGACUUAGUAUUAUGUAUUUGUUCAAUGUCGUAAAGAUGUAAGGCGAGAUAUGCUUGGGCCGAUUCGUGGUAUUCUCAAUUCGAUUUUCCAUCGAACUAUGUGGAUGAUAUAUUUCUUUUUCUAUCAUGUAACCAUUAAUUAAGUAGUUUACGGGAAGUUACAUAUCGUAAAAGUACUGCUCAAAAACAAACCAAUCUGAGCAU